AAUAUGGAAAUUAUAGGUUGCUCAGGCAAAGAAGGCUGCCCUGUCUUUUGGCAUGGAUUAAUGCGUAUCACGCUAGGAACAUGAUUCUUACACAAUACAUUUGUCAAAAGAGAAUCUUUAAUUUUGUAGCAAUCAUCUGAUUUUGAUGGGAUUUGACUAAGAGGCUUCGUUGAUUGCUGGGCAGCUCGCUUAAUGUUUUUCUAAUCCUUUGGAGUAAAAUAUUUAUUUAUCUUUCUUGGCCAGCAAGCCAAAAAUUUAUUUAUAAGCAGAAUUUUUAGAGCAGAUUUAGUUGUGCUGUGUUCAUCUGCCGCCUUUUGGCAGAACGACAGUGGUUUUCGUGAAGAGUUUUGAUAAGUACUGUUUGGUUUCAGAGAAUUUUGGAAAGCAGAGACUUUUGCGAGGAAUCUUGAAGGAGGAGUCAUAUUAGUCGAAAUUUUUGACAGUAUUGGUUAUUUUAGGAAUUAGCGACUUCUUUGGAGAUUUUUUUGAUCCUCUUCCGCGAAGUUUGCGAGAGUUGCUUUUACUGAGGAUUUUCAAGAUUAGGCGUUUCUUGCAAAGAAUUUUUUUUGUUUAGCGAGUACUUCCGUAUGCUUUGCUACGAAAUCUUUGCAGGGGUGCUGAUUAGUAGGCUUUUCCAAUUGGAGCAGCAGAGUUCUUCCCAAGGUAGGAAUUCCGUUCGUCAAAUCUGAUAUGCCGAAGGAAGGAGAAGAUCAGAAUGAGGGCAAUCAUGCCACUGGAGCAGUAUCCUUGAACAUUGAGGAGGUUUCUGAACUGAACUCCAAGAUGGCUACAGAAAAGGAAAAAUAUAAAAAUGAUUCUCGGGCACAGGGAGAGAAAAAAGAAGAUAGCUACAAGUCUGUGCCAUUUUACAAACUAUUUGUCACAGCAGAUUCUCUGGAUAUAAUGUUGAUGUGUCUUGGUUCUCUUGGUUCUAUGGGCAACGGUGCUUCUAUUCCACUUAUGACCGUCUUGUUUGGGAAUCUUAUAAAUUCAUUUGGAAGCAACACAGCAGAUAAGCACAAACUGAUGCAUGAAGUGUCCAAGAUAGCUUUGGAGUUUGUUUAUCUUGCUUGUGGUGCAGGAGUUGCAGCUUUCCUUGGGGUGUGUUGCUGGAUGUGCACAGGGGAAAGACAGGCUGCACGUAUUAGGAGUCUCUACUUAAAAACGAUUCUUAGGCAAGACAUUGCAUUCUUUGAUAGUGAAACAUCGACAGGAGAGGUUAUUGGAAGAAUGUCAGGUGACACGAUACUAAUUCAGGAGGCUAUGGGAGAAAAGGUUGGAAAGCUCAUACAGUUCCUAACCACAUUCUUAGCAGGAUUUACCGUAGCUUUCAUCAGAGGUUGGAAACUUACCUUGGUAUUGCUAUCUAUUGUUCCUCUUCUUGUUAUAGCCGGUGGUUUUAUGGCUGUGGUAAUCUCCAAAAUGUCAAGCCGAGGCCAGCAAGCUUAUGCAGAAGCAGCAAACACCGUGGAGCAGGCAAUUGGUUCAAUUAGGACAGUUGUUUCUUUUACUGGAGAGAGGAAAUCCAUAAAAGACUAUGAUAAAUCACUUAAGGUUGCUUACAAGGCUAUUGCUCAGCAAGGAUUGGCAGCUGGUUUUGGCCUUGGGUUUCUUCUAUUUAUCAUGUUCAGUGGAUACGCUUUGGCUCUUUAUUAUGGAUCACAGUUAAUUCUAAAGGGAUCUUAUAACGGUGGCCAAGUGGUGAAUUGCAUAUUUGCAGUUUUGAUGGGAGGCAUGUCUCUGGGCCAAGCAUCACCUUCUAUAACUGCAAUUUCAGCUGGACGAGCUGCAGCAUACAAGAUGUUUGAGACUAUUGACAGGAAGCCAGAUAUUGAUAUCUAUGACGAAACUGGACUAGUUCUUGAGGAUAUUCAAGGUGAUAUUGAACUUAGAGAUAUACAAUUCAGAUAUCCCGCUAGACCAGAUGUUCAAAUAUUUUCUGGGUUUUCAUUGGAAAUACCCAGAGGCACCACAGCAGCUUUAGUUGGAGAGAGUGGCAGUGGAAAGUCCACAGUUAUCAGUCUUAUAGAGAGGUUCUACGAUCCGCAAGCUGGUGAAGUGCUUAUAGAUGGCAUUAACAUCAAGAAAUUUCAGCUUAAGUGGAUAAGGCAGAAAAUUGGACUAGUGAGCCAGGAACCUGUCCUUUUUGGCACCACCAUUAAAGAAAAUCUUUUAUAUGGUAAAGAUGGAGCUACACAAGAGGAACUCAAGGCUGCUGCUGAACUUGCCAAUGCGGCAAAAUUUAUAAACAAGAUGCCUCAGGGUUUUGAUACAAUGGUAGGAGAGCAUGGUACUCAACUAUCUGGAGGCCAAAAGCAAAGGAUUGCAAUAGCAAGGGCUAUCCUGAAAGAUCCUCGGAUUCUUCUUCUUGACGAAGCUACAAGUGCAUUGGAUUCAGAAUCUGAAAGAGUAGUUCAAGAAGCUCUUGACAGGAUUAUGGUAAACAGAACCACAGUUGUUGUUGCUCAUCGUCUAACUACUGUCAGAAAUGCUGAUAUGAUUGCUGUUGUUCAGCGUGGUUCCAUUGUGGAAAAAGGUUCACACUCUCAGCUUAUCACGAACCCUUCUGGUGCAUACUCCCAGCUAAUACGUCUGCAAGAAAUGCAUCAAUCAAAAGAACAGCAUGUAAAGGAUCCAGAUGAACUGGAAAUACAUCAGGAAGAUUCCAAGGCUGUUGGUAGGGUGAGCAGUCAAAGGUUAUCUUUUAGACGGUCUAUAAGCAGUGGGUCACCAGAAAAAGGUGGAAGCCGUCGUUCCUAUUCAUUUUCAUACGCUUUUCCUGCUGGAGUAGGCCUCCAGGAAACUGGCGGUAGUGAGGCAAACAGUCCAAAGGGAAACCAAAAAGGGGAGGGCCUUAUGAGAUUGUUUAGGUCCAAUACUCAGACAGAUGUGGAAGGUGGUCAAGCAGAUUCAGUUAAAGAUGUUCCUAUUUUACGUCUAGCAUCUCUAAACAAGCCAGAGUUUCCAGUGUUCAUACUUGGGUCCAUUGCAGCAGUUCUUAAUGGGAUGAUAUUUCCUAUCUUUGGUCUCUUGCUUUCAAGUGUUAUCAAAGUCUUCUAUGAACCCCAUCAAGAGCUUGAAAAAGAUGCCAAAUUCUGGUCACUUAUGUUUGUAGUUUUGGCAAUUACAUGCCUCAUUGUGGCACCUACACAGAUGUAUUGCUUUUCCAUUGCUGGUGGCAGGCUGGUGCAACGUAUUCGAUCAUUGACUUUUGCCAAAGUAAUUCACCAGGAGAUUGGAUGGUUUGAUGACACUGAAAAUUCAAGUGGUGCAAUAAGUGCAAGGUUAUCAACAGAUGCUGCAGCUGUGCGUAGCCUGAUGGGAGAUGCAUUAUCACUUGUUGUUCAAAAUAUAGCAACCAUCGUUGCUGGAAUUGUCAUAUCUUUUACAGCCAACUGGCAGCUAGCACUUUUGAUACUGGCUGUAAUACCUCUUCUAGGUCUUCAAGGCUUCAUGCAAAUGAGGUUCAUGCAGGGUUUCACUGCGGAUGCAAAGGUGGUGUAUGAGGAAGCCAGUCAAGUUGCAAACGAUGCUGUUGGAAGCAUUCGGACUGUUGCCUCCUUCUGUGCAGAGGAUAAGGUUAUCAAUCUGUACAAUGAAAAAUGUGCCACUCCGGUGAAAAGUGGAGUCAAGCAGGGACUUAUAGCAGGAUCUGGGUUUGGAUUGUCAAAUUUUGUGAUGUUCAGUCAAUAUGCACUCAGCUUUUGGGUAGGGGCUCGCUUGGUUCAAGAUGGAAAAACAACUUUUGAUAAAGUUUUCAAGGUGUUUUUUGCUCUUUCAAUGGCUGCCAUGGGAGUCUCUCAAUCAGCAGGCCUUGCCCCCGACCUUGCAAAAGUCAAAGCCUCUGUCAAUUCAGUGUUUAAAAUUCUUGACCGUAAAUCUAAGAUUGAUGCAAGUGAUCCCUCAGGGACUACCUUAGAAACUGUAAAGGGUGACAUUGAGUUUCAGCAUGUCAGCUUUAAAUAUCCAACCCGUCCAGAUGUGCAGAUUUUCCGCGACUUAUGUUUAUUUGUCCAUUCUGGAAAGACUGUUGCUCUUGUGGGAGAGAGCGGAAGCGGUAAAUCAACCGCCAUUGCACUUCUGGAGCGAUUCUAUGAUCCUGAUUCAGGCCAGAUAUUCCUUGAUGGAAUCGAAAUUCGACAACUUCAACUUAAAUGGUUGAGAGAUCAGAUGGGUUUGGUGAGCCAAGAGCCCGUUUUGUUCAAUGAGACCAUCCGUGCAAAUAUUGCUUAUGGAAAGGAGGGCGCAGUUACAGAUGAACAAAUUACAGCAGCUACUGAGGCUUCCAAUGCUCACAAGUUCAUUUCAGCCCUUCCCCAAGGAUACGACACAGCCGUUGGAGAGAGAGGGGUUCAGUUAUCAGGGGGUCAAAAGCAGCGCAUUGCAAUUGCAAGAGCAAUACUUAAAGAUCCCAGGAUACUUCUCUUAGAUGAAGCCACAAGUGCCCUAGAUGCCGAAUCAGAACGAGUAGUACAAGAUGCAUUGGACCGUGUAAUGGUAAACAGGUCUACUAUAGUUAUUGCACAUCGUCUUUCAACAAUUAAAGAUGCAGAUCUAAUAGCAGUGGUGAAGAAUGGAGUAAUUGCAGAACAAGGAAAACAUAAUGAAUUGCUCUCCAAAAGAGAUGGGGCCUAUGCAUCCCUGGUAAAAUUGCAUCAAGCCUCCUCAUAGUAUUUCCUUGAAACAUAGAAAUUUCAAAAUUUGUCUCAAGCAUAUUUCAUUUAAUGCCCCAGCACAGGCGGCGAGUAGCAGAGCUAAAGCGCUGCUAGUAAAUAUCUUUUUAGGUCCAUUAAUUGUAGUUGAAAAAGAAAUAAAAUGUCUAUUUGCAGUCUGAACUCCUAUGUAACGAAAAAAGAGAAGUAAAUAAAUAAUUUGAGAAUUAAAUUAUAGUGGAAAGAUGCAAUACAGGACAACGUGGAAGAGAACCUGUAGAAGGAAUUUAACAGGCUGUAACAUCCAUAGCAAGGGCAAGUUAAAACUCCAUUGAAGCUUUAUGAAUUAACAAUGCAAUGGCUGUGAGUUAGAUGUAGAACAUAACCCAAAAGAAGGCUGCCAAUAUUUAUGUAAUUUUUUUUUCCAUUGGUUCAAUAAAAAAAAUAUAGGGAAUAAAUCUA